UCUUCUGUGACGCGGUUGAAAUCUUCCGCGGUCUGUUGCAUUGCAACAGCGACAACAAACUUUCAUUGUACCUAAUUUUCACGAUAACGAAGGACUAAGCCAGGAUGAGUGGCGGUGUCUACGGCGGAGACGAGGUCGGAGCCUUGGUCUUCGACUUUGGACACUACUCCGUGCGAGCUGGCUAUGCUGGUGAGGACUCUCCGAAGGCAGAGAUUCCCAGUUCUGUUGGAGUCAUCGAAGAACUGUUGGCUGAUGGACCCGACACGGAAACAAAGGACCUGGGUGCGUCGGCCCCAGCUCCUCAGAAGAAGUACUUCAUUGACACAACAAGCAUUCAUGUGCCGAGAGCUAACAUGGACAUGGCCACAUUUCUCAAAGAUGGCAUGGUUGAGGACUGGGACCUGUUUGAAAAAGUGCUGGACUACACCUACAGCCGACAUGUCAAGUCAGAACCACACCUGCAUCCUGUCCUGAUGUCUGAAGCAUCGUGGAAUGCCCGGACAAAAAGGGAGAAGCUCACUGAAAUCAUGUUCGAGAAGUACGGCGUUCCAGCUUUCUUUCUCGUGAAGAAUGCAGUCUUAGCAGCAUUUGCCAAUGGCCGCUCAACCGGCAUUGUUGUCGACAGUGGAGCCAGCCAGACCUCGGCCAUCCCUGUGCAUGAUGGCUACGUUCUGACACAAGCUGUUGUCAAAUCACCACUGGCCGGCGACUUUGUCACCAUGCAGUGCAAACAGUUCCUCGAAGAACAGGGCAUUGACAUCGUCCCAACUUACAUGCUGGCUGGCAAGGAGGCUGUUAAAGAAGGAGAGGCAGCGAAAUGGACAAAACGAAACAACCUGCCCGAAGUGACCAAGUCCUGGCAUAACUACAUGGUCAAGGAAGUUAUCCAAGAUUUCCAGAGCUCUGUUCUGCAAGUGCUAGACUCCCCCUACGACAAAGAGACGGUAGAGAACAUGCCAACUGUGCAUUACGAGUUCCCCAAUGGCUACAAUCUGGAUUUUGGCUCAGAGCGAUUCCUCAUCCCUGAGUCACUCUUCGAUCCAUCAACCAUCAAGAGUGCACCUGGUCAGACCAUGAUGGGCGUGGCGCAAGUGGUCACAACCAGUGUCGGCAUGUGCGACAUUGACAUACGACCUAGCUUAUAUGGAAGUGUCACAAUUACGGGAGGCAACACCCUCCUCCAGGGUUUCACCGAACGGCUGAACCGUGACUUGUCCGCAAAAACGCCACCCAGCAUGAGGCUGAAGAUUAUCAGUACGAAUGGAACUGCGGAGCGGAGAUUUGGCGCCUGGAUUGGUGGAUCCAUCCUCGCAUCUCUGGGUACGUUCCAGCAAAUGUGGAUUUCGAAGCAGGAGUAUGAUGAAGGUGGCAAGUCUCAAGUGGAGAGAAAAUGUCCGUGAAAGUGAAGGAGCACGCACACCUGAAAGAGAGAGAGAGAGAGUUCAUGCAGCAGGAGUGUAUCUCCCCCACGUUGGAAUGUUAUAUUUCAUUUGUACAUAAAGCAGAUGUCCCAGAUUGAAGUGGUCCCAAAUAAAAGAAUUGUGUUCA